GACUUCUGGAUGCCUCACUUCAGUGAGUUGAGAGGCAGGUAGUCUUUCUCGGAUGCAUUGGAUAUCAUUUUUCCUUUUCAUCCAUAGAUUCAGUUCUGCUACUGGUUAUAUCAUGUCUAUAUUUUUUAUAAAUUGUCAUGUUACGAUUUUAUGAUGGGCAGCAUUUAGGAGUGCUAAAUAAAAUAAUAUUUUGUGAAACUUCAUUUGUUAUUUGUUCGUUUGUUUUUUUUCAUGGCAGAAAGCCUAAAACAAAGAGAGCCAAAAGAUUUCUUGAAAAAAGAGAGCCUAAACUGACAGAAAACACCAAAAAUGCAAUGCUCAUAAAAGGAGGAAAUGCAAAUUUAACAGUAGCAGAAGUACUCAAAAAUAUUUAUGCCCUGAAAAAGCCCUUCGCUGUGUUAUAUAAAAGGAAUUUUUUUCUAAGAAGUCUGAUUGUUCUUUGUUCCUGUUUGGAUCUCAUAGCAAGAAGAGACCUAAUAAUCUGACCAUAGGUCGUAUGUAUGACUAUCAUAUUCUGGAUAUGAUUGAACUGGGCAUUGAGAAGUUUGUUGCCCUCAAAGAUAUUAAGAACAGCAAGUGUCCAGAGGGAACAAAGCCCAUGCUGAUAUUUGCAGGAGAUGCUUUUGACAUUGAUGAGGAACAUAGAAGGUUAAAAAGCCUUCUAAUUGAUUUUUUCAGAGGCCCUGUUGUGUCCAGUAUUCGUCUGGCCGGCUUAGAACAUGUUCUGCAUUUCACAGCAGUGGAUGAAAAGAUCUAUAUGAGAAGUUACAAGGUGUUAUUGAAAAAGUCUGGUUGUAAAAUACCAAGGAUUGAACUUGAAGAUAUGGGACCCUCAUUAGAUUUGGUAAUAAGGAGAACGCAUUUGGCAUCAGAUGAUCUGUAUAAACUAUCACUAAAGCAGCCUAAAGCUCUCAAGCCAAAGAAGAAGAAGAAUGUCUCUCAUGAUGUCUUUGGGACAAAAUAUGGGCGGAUACACAUGCAGAAACAGGACCUGGAUAAACUGCAGACUAGAAAACUGAAAGGUUUAAAGAAAAGACCGUCUGAAAAGAAAACUGAAGAUGGAGGAGAUCCAAAGAAACUAAAGUUGGAAUGAGAAGUUUAGACUGGAAGGAGCAUUUGAAUUUGGCUCCUAUCAGUGAAAUGCCAUAUAAACUUAAACCUUACUUCAUGUAAAUUUUACUAUUUUGCCUUUUUCUGAAGAUGUUUUUAAACAAUGGAGGAUCUUAAUAAUUUUUUUCUAGUCAAGUUCACCUGAUCUUUUAUACAGAUAUGUAUAUAAUGGCUUGAGGCCAUUAUAGGUGCUUGACCUUGCCAUAAUCUUUUCCCAAUCGUGAUCAUAAAUUAUUUAGAAUAUAAAAUAUAUCAUUUGUUUAUUUUUUCCAGGGGUUUGGAACAGAUUUUCUUGAAGUUAUAUAGAGCUAACGCCUUGUCUAGAAAUAAAGAACAAUUUCUAGAAUGUUUUCGGCCUACAUCCUUUCAAUAUGUUGUUGGUUGACUGCUGUGAGUUAAGUCUGUAUUCUUAUUUAUCAUCAUUGCUGUUUACCAAUCUGGGUUGUUGUCUUUCCAUAUAUGUCUGGAUUUCAAGAGCCAGAAUUCUGAGCAAAUAACCAUGCUUGCUGGAAAUUCUAAGAGCUUAAUAUUUUUGGAUUAUAGUAUAUAUUCUUGCUUUAGGGAAGAGCAACAAAAGCUGCAGGCAUUGCAAAAAGAAAGAAAGCAACCAAUGUACAUGCCUAUAAACAAACGUAUCCAUCAUGCUAUGAAAUACUGAUGCCCAAUUAAUGUACAGCGAGAAAACAAAACAAAAAAAAAAUCCUUGCUUGGGAAGAUUUGUUUGAGCAGAGUCCAAUUUGUUAUCAAGAUAGCUCUUCAGCUUCUGUAUUCAUUUCUACAUUUCCAACCCACAUAAUCCAGAGAUUCUUCAGCCUACAUAGUAUUAAAAGUAUUAAAAAAUACCAAUCCACAAUUUAACAACUAUAAAGAGUAAAACAAUACCAUCCAAAUAGAAAACUACAAACAAUGAUAAUAGAAAAUGAAGGUGGCAUGACAAUAUCAAGAGAAGGUUCUCCACAACAACUCUGUCCUUAAAAACCUCCAAAACAGGGGAGGCUGCUCCAUAGUGCCACUCCCAACCCAGAAAAGCAAUGCCUCCCAGACCUCCCCAAAACAUGGCAUCAUAUAUAGUUUUUCUUUCUGUGACCUAAUUGGUCAUAGGACACAGGGUGAAACUUUAGUUUUUACUGAGGUCUUAUUUUCAAAGUCUUUUCAGAUAGAUGCUGAUAUUCUCAGAACCUGUUACACAAACACUUCAAUAUCCAAUAAGGGCCAGGGUUGUUUCCUUUUAAUAAAGAAGAAUUUAUGCUACAAUCUAAAUUGAGCAUCCAUCUCAUUCUGAGAGUCAGGGUUGAGGUGGUUAACAAAAAACAAAAAUUCAAACUAAAAAGCAUCUUCUUUUAGGUACCAAGAAGGAACUUUAAUUGAUUGCUUGUCCUUUAUUUAUAAUGUGAUAUAUAAGAGUCCAUUCAUUUCCCCCUUAUUCAAGUGGAAAGUUGUUUGUUCAAAAUCUUUCCAAAUCUAUAAUUCAUUGUUAAAGAUGGCUCUCUUUUUCCUUAUUUACCUCUUUGAAAAUUAGUGUGAUUUAAUUAUUUGGCAUACAUGUCAUAAAAAUGAGUGGAAGAUAGUGAGAAAUGUGAAUACACUUGUCAUUUUCUUUUAAUCAGUUGCUGCUGGCAAUGCCUUAAUUAUAAUUUUUUGUAUUGUUCAAGAUGCCCUGAAUAACAUAAUGUUUGAAAUUAUUUCGGUUUCCACUUGACAGCACAUUAUUGAACAAGCUGAUUUUUGUGAUGUAUGUUGGAGUGAUUACUUUCCUCCAUUCUUUAGUUUCUGAAAAAAAUGUUUGAUGCUUCAAUAAUCAUAAAGAGGCCACAUGUGGAGAUAC